AUGGGCAACGGCGCUACGGUCAACGAGAUUGAGGAAGUUUGGUAUUUCUUGGCGAGCGUCGGCGGAGCGAUGCUCAUCAUGCUUCUCGUCCGAGACAUCUCCACGUGGUGCAGAGAUAACCUAUUCGAACGCCGCAUCGAGAGCCUCCGCAAAGACAUCCUGCGCGAGCGUCGCGAGUACGAAAAGGCUAAGGCGAACGCUUGGAGCCUUUUUAUGCACAAGGGUGAACGGAUCGAUCGAGAGGAGAAGGCGAUUGAGAAGGGUAAAGAGGAGGUGAAGCAGAUGAGGGCCGACCUAGAGAAGAAAAAGAACGAGGUGGAGAAUAUGAAGGCCGAUGUUGAGAAGGGUUUGGAGGAGCUCCGGAAGCUACGUGCUAAGAUCAUCGAGAAGGCAGACAAGAAUGACGACUCUAGCGACAAGGUUGAAGAUAUGGACGACACCGAUCGUGAGCUGGAGCAAUAG